GCCAAGACCAAUCGCCAAAGCACCAUGGGAGCCUACAAGUACAUCGCUGAAUUGUGGAAGCGCAAGCAAUCGGACGUCCUCCGCUUCUUGCUCCGCGUCCGCGCCUGGCAAUACCGCCAACUCCCCGUGGUCUACCGCUUGACCCGCCCUUCGCGCCUCGACAAGGCUCGCCGCGUCGGCUACAAGGCCAAGCAAGGUUACGUCGCUGUCCGCGUCGCUGUCCGCCGCGGUGGCCGCAAGCGCCCUAACUCCAAGGGUAUCGUUUACGGUAAACCCAAGCACCACGGUAUCAACCAGCUCAAGGAUGUCCGCAACUUGCGCUCGAUCGCCGAAGAACGUGCUGGUGCCAAGUUCACCAACUUGCGUGUGUUGAACUCGUACUGGGUGAACCAAGACGCGACGUACAAGUACUUUGAAGUGAUUUUGGUCGACCAUUCCCACAAGGCCAUCCGCCGCGACGCCCGCAUCAACUGGAUCGUAAACGCCGUGCACAAGCGCCGCGAAAAGCGUGGUUUGACCUCUGCUGGUCGCCAAGCCCGUGGCUUGCGCCAACGCGGCCACAAGGCCAACAAGAUCAUUGGUUCGUCGCGCCGCCAAAACUGGAAGCGCCGCAACACCACCUCGCUCCGCCGCUACCGUUAGAGCGUUGGUGUGUGUGUGUUGGAAUCCUGCAAUCCUGUGGAUUCUGGCUCGCCAAUGUGGUGCUUGGCUGCUCUAGUUCGUUUGCAUAAAGCAACAGUGUGGUCAUGGCUCUCUGUCG